UUAUCCAUUCUUGUCUACUCAGAUCAUAAGGUAUGGUCAUCACCUAGGAGUGCUUCCUUCCGGCAGUUUCUCGACUUCAUUAAGUGGCUGAAUGGUGAGAAAGGUAAAAAGGCCAAGGCUUAUGAAGCUUUGAAGAUAUCCAAGAUGAAUCUAGAAAAGAAGGAAAUCACAAAAAAUGACCUUGCCUUGGCACAAAUGUUAGUUGAUUAUGCCGCUUCUCGUCAGAAAGCUCGCAGCUGCAUUGAGAAUGAGAUAGAGGAAUUAAAGAAUCGUCAGAAGGAGCUGGAGAUGGAAUCUGCAAACAUUGAAGCUGAUUUGAAGACAAAGUUAGGUCCUAUUUAUGAAUUCAAAGCCCCUUCCAUACAUGAGUUGAGGAUUGAGGCUUAUAAGCUUUAUGUUGCGGAUUGUUUGUCUAAGAAGAUAACUCCCCUCCCUAGGCAUCAUGAGAUGGCAUUUGAGAAAGCCAUGGAGGGUUUUGGUGCUACCGUGAAAGAGCUUAACCACCUUGUUAAGUACUUGAAUGAUCCUGUUAGGAAAGAGAUCAUUAGGGAUUUUUUCAAGCAGAAGAUUUUAAGAAUAGAGUAUGCUGGUCAUAAUAAGAGCCAGAGUGGAGAAGACUAUGAUAGUUUUCACAAUUUUGCAGUGGCACUCCGUGGAGAAGAAGCUUCUAAUGAAAGUCGAAAUGUUGUUCAUAAGUUUGCGUGUGAUGUAACUGGUGGAGAUUCUGAUGAGCAACAGCCUCCAGAUUCUAAGAGAGCACGAAUUGAUAGGCAACCUAAAGAGCAGGAGAUGCACGUCGAAGUUGCUAAGAAAGUCUGAAUUGAUAGCGGUGUAAUUGUGAGAGAUGGACCUCAUUUAUGAACUGAACUGAGCAUGUUUAAGAAAACCAUAUAUUGACCAUUUUAAGUAGUUUAAACUUUUGUAGUGAUUAUUUUCAUUUGAAUCAACCUGGGGUAUUCUUGUUAUUUUUCUUACGUUAAUGAGUCUAGCUGAAAGUCUACUAAAUUAUUAUUCUACCUUGUGCGAUCCAUAGAAAAUAAAUUAUCUUAUUACUCCCUUUGUUUUCAAAAUGAAUGUUGUUUCUUAAAAGCACUUUUUGAUAACCUCUCCAAAGUUAAUCAGGUGAGUCCUUAGCAAUUUUGUGUUAUCGAGGCUAUGGUGUGCCUGUAUUUUCGGUGUGAUAUUGUAUUUGAUGUCCCCUCCCUCUAUGGGAGGUUCUCCUUUUAUACUCAACCUUCUCCCUCGUAUUCAUGAGACAAUGACCCUUCAAGUACAACAUUCAAGAGGCUACUCUAAUGUCAUUCGUCGCAAUCAUGAGGGUGUGACGUUUCCUUCAUUAAUUUUAGUAAUCUUCAUGCCUCAUGUGGACUAUCGUAACCUUCUUAUCGGCUUGAAACUUCGGCCGUCCGACUAGGCAUGUCUCAUAUUCCAUCCGACGUUGCUCCUCGACCAUGGGUUGGUGUAUCUUUCCAUGCGCCCGACUUCAUGUCCCGGCUUCAUCGAUCUCGGGUUGAUGUAUCCUUCCCCACGUCGACUAUUUGCAUGCGAUCACAACUUGCUCAACGUGUAUCCCUCAUCCGGUUUGCAAACCUUCAUUAAGAAUUUUAGGGUGUACAUAAGUCUCCCAAUCACGAGACCUAGAGGGCCGAGGUGUUCGUCACGAAAUCCUGAAAUUCUUUAGACAAUGUCCUUGGUCGAUCGUUACUAGAUACAACUAUCAAUUGUCGCUGACGUAUGUUAGUGGGUUUUCAAAUGCAAUGAUGAGUGCGCGUCCAUCGAACCUCUUCCACUUUUCUCAUUGUGAUGACUUUUAUUGGGAAGACGCUGCCAUCACGAUCAUCUUCCUUAGUUACUCGCUCUUAUUCUCUCCCAAGGAUUUUUUACCCUAUUCUCACUAGGGGUGCUCAAAACAAAACCAACCCAAUAGAAAACCGCAAACCAACCCAAAUCAAACCGAAACCGCAAAAAACCGCAUUUGGUUUGGAUUAGUUUGGGUCAUUUUUUAACAAAAUCGCACGGUUCGGUUCGGUUUGCGGUUUGUAUUUUGUAAACCGAACCAAACCGAAUCAAACCGCAUUAUGUUACAACCUAAAUUUUACAUAACUUACAUUCAACCCAAAAUUAAACCUAUUAUACAUUAGCCUUAUGAAUACGAACAAUUUUCUCAUCCUUACACAUAUAAUUUCAGUCCCGAUCUUCUCAAAUCUCUAAUAACAUUAUUUCACCUUCUUUGCCACAUACAUCUUCCCUCUUCUUCUAUAAUCUUUACUCUCCUAUAUUCUUUCUUUUUGUUCCGUAUUUCAGUUUCAUUUUUAUCGCACAUCUUCUUCUCUAAUCUCUCAACACUUUUUCCUUUUCUUUUUCACCUUCACUAAUCUUUUGUCUCUUCUAUUUUUUUGUUUCAUUAUAAUAAUUUUAUAUUGUUUUAUGCUAUUAUUUUAUGUUUAAUAUUCCACUUUAGUCUAAUUUAAUUUUUACAUAUUACAUGGAAAAUAGUUUUCAAAAUAUGACGAGUUUUGUUGUUAUUUGUUAGUGUAUGAAUGUCUAAAUAUAAAAUUAUGUUGUCAUAUAUGUGUAUGUAUGGCUCAAUAAAAUAUUUGUAAAAAACCGAAUCAACCGAACCAAACCAAACCGCAUUAGUUUAGUUUGGUUUGGUUUGGUUCGGAUUUUUUUUAAAAGUCAACCGAACCAAACCAAACCGCAUUAGUUUGGUUUGGUUUGGUUCGGAUGAUAUUUUUCGUCAAAACCGUCAAAACCGCACCGCGAGCACCCCUAAUUCUCACCCAGGGACGAAUUCAGAAAUAUCAA